AUGACAGAAAUAGCAAAUCUUCUACAGGUUCCAUUAAAACAAGGGACAAACAAAAAGGGUCCAUAUAAUAGAACUAUGAAAGUUCCAGACGGAAUGAAAGAAUUAGUUCAUAUUGUUGCUGGUCUUCAAAAAGAUGUUAAACAAAUGAGAAACGUUUUAACAUUACCAGAAGCUCAAGCAUAUGCCAAACGUCAUGGUCCAAAUUGGGAAGCACAUGAAGCAGACAUUACAGGACCAAAUUGGGAAGCACAUGAAGCAGACAUUACAGGACCAAAUGGAAAACCUGAUGGUAUAAAUGAAGUUUUCGUUACUGAUGGUCAAGGUAAUAUUAAAGUCAUAAAUGGGUAUAAAUUAACAAUGACGGAUUAUCCUAAACGUAAAGCAUAUAAUGAAUGUUAUCCUAUGAAAUUUGAUGAAAAUGGAAAAGCUGCUAAACAAUACAUUGGAGAAGGUGAAAAUGGUCCAAUUAAUUCAUACCGUUAUAAUCCAUAUUCUUAUUUCAAUGAAGAAUUAAAUGCUAUUGAAGAGGGACCGGAUGGAUUACCACGAUAUGUUAAUCAGUUUGAUGGUCAAUAUGCAAAUAUUAGACCUGAAAUUCCAGCUAAGAAAUUCUUUAAAGUUGCUUUAUUCGAUCCAGUGUUCAAUGAACAGAAAGAAGCAAUGAAAGCAGAAUUUAAACCAAUUCAAAUGGCAAGAAUUUCUUCAUCUUCACUUUCAGAAGCGUUCAAGGAAUUGAUAAAGAAACCACUUUAUUCUCAACAAGGUUAUAACUUUGAUUUAAUUAAAGAAAGUGAUAGACGUAAAUUAGAAAAAUCAGAUGGUUUUAAGAAUGCAUGUAAUGAAAUGAUUAAAGAUAUUGUAAAUGAUAAAAUAAGACUGGAAGAAACUCAAAGCAAUAUCAAUAACAUAAUUGGUGCAGUUACAAAGAAAGUAUAA